CGAUCCGAAUUGAGGAACUAGUUUUUGUAUGGUAACGCGCGCCGUCAGGACUUGUUUUGUCGUUGGACAGACAUGGAGACUCACGUUUCCCAUGUGAAUGAAGAGGACAGCGAAGAUCCUGGAGCUGCUCCUUAUGGAAACUUCAUCAAUUAUUACAGCUUCAACCCGCCAGAGAACCGCCUGAGUUUAAUACCACAAACACUGCUGCAAAACAUCGGCCUCGACUCUGAACGCGUGUUAAUCCUGGACGUGGGAUGUAAUUCAGGGGACUUGUCUGUUGCCCUCUACAAACAUUUAUUGCAUGAGGAAGCCUCUGUAAGUGACUUUUCUAAAAGAGAAGUCUAUCUACUCGGAUUUGACCUGGACCAGGAUUUAAUCCUUCGGGCGCAAAACUCCAACCCCCUUCCCCAAAAUAUCCAGUUUAUCCCCCUGGAUAUCACAGAUGGUGCAAAGAGCCAGGCAGUGCUAGAGUCGCACCUGGGCAGGUUUGGCUGCCCCCGUUUCCACCUGUGCACCUGUUUUGCGGUGACUAUGUGGGUGCAUCUGAAUCACGGAGACGAGGCGUUUCUGUCUCUCCUCUCCAGACUGGCGUCUCUCUGUGAGUUUCUGCUGCUGGAGGCGCAGCCGUGGAAGUGUUAUCGCUCUGCUGCGCGCCGGUUACGCAAACUGGGCCGCAGUGACUUUGACCACUUCAAGACCCUUGAGAUUCGAGGGGACAUGGCGGCACAUGCUAGAGAGCACUUGGAAAAGCAGUGCAGCAUGGAUAUGGUGCAGAGUUUCGGGAAUACCUCAUGGGACAGAAGUCUUCUGCUCUUCAAAAGACGAUGAUUAGGAGCAAAACACUGGGACAGAAGUUUAAUCAGUCAU